UGUAGCGGGGCGCGGAGCCCUGCUCUCGCAACUCAAGAUGGCGGACGAGAGUGAGACAGCAGUGAAGCCGCCGGCACCUCCGCUGCCGCAGAUGAUGGAAGGGAACGGGAACGGCCAUGAGCACUGCAGCGAUUGCGAGAAUGAGGAGGACAACAGCUACAACCGGGGUGGUUUGAGUCCAGCCAAUGACACUGGAGCCAAAAAGAAGAAAAAGAAACAAAAAAAGAAGAAAGAAAAAGGCAGUGAGACAGAUUCAGCCCAGGAUCAGCCUGUGAAGAUGAACUCUUUGCCAGCAGAGAGGAUCCAGGAAAUACAGAAGGCCAUUGAGCUGUUCUCAGUGGGUCAGGGACCUGCCAAAACCAUGGAGGAGGCUAGCAAGCGAAGCUACCAGUUCUGGGAUACGCAGCCCGUCCCCAAGCUGGGCGAAGUGGUGAACACCCAUGGCCCCGUGGAGCCUGACAAGGACAAUAUCCGCCAGGAGCCCUACACCCUGCCCCAGGGCUUCACCUGGGAUGCUUUGGACCUGGGCGAUCGUGGUGUGCUAAAAGAACUAUACACCCUCCUGAAUGAGAACUAUGUGGAAGAUGAUGACAACAUGUUCCGAUUUGAUUAUUCCCCAGAGUUUCUUUUGUGGGCUCUCCGGCCACCCGGCUGGCUCCCCCAGUGGCACUGCGGGGUUCGAGUGGUCUCAAGUCGGAAAUUGGUUGGGUUCAUUAGCGCCAUCCCAGCAAACAUCCAUAUCUAUGACACAGAGAAGAAGAUGGUAGAGAUCAACUUCCUGUGUGUCCACAAGAAGUUGCGUUCCAAGAGGGUGGCUCCAGUCCUGAUCCGAGAGAUCACCAGGCGGGUUCACCUGGAGGGCAUCUUCCAAGCAGUUUACACUGCCGGGGUGGUACUACCAAAGCCCGUUGGCACCUGCAGGUAUUGGCAUCGGUCCCUAAACCCACGGAAGCUGAUUGAAGUGAAGUUCUCCCACCUGAGCAGAAAUAUGACCAUGCAGCGCACCAUGAAGCUCUACCGACUGCCAGAGACUCCCAAGACAGCUGGGCUGCGACCAAUGGAAACAAAGGACAUUCCAGUAGUGCACCAGCUCCUCACCAGGUACUUGAAGCAAUUUCACCUUACGCCCGUCAUGAGCCAGGAGGAGGUGGAGCACUGGUUUUACCCCCAGGAGAAUAUCAUCGACACUUUCGUGGUGGAGAACGCAAACGGAGAGGUAACGGAUUUCCUGAGCUUUUAUACGCUGCCUUCCACCAUCAUGAACCAUCCAACCCACAAGAGUCUCAAAGCUGCUUAUUCUUUCUACAAUGUUCACACCCAGACCCCUCUUCUAGACCUCAUGAGUGACGCCCUUGUCCUCGCCAAAAUGAAAGGGUUUGAUGUGUUCAAUGCACUGGAUCUCAUGGAGAACAAAACCUUCCUGGAGAAGCUUAAGUUUGGCAUAGGGGACGGCAACCUGCAGUAUUACCUUUACAAUUGGAAAUGCCCCAGCAUGGGGGCAGAGAAGGUUGGACUGGUACUACAAUAACCAGUCACCAGUACUAUUCUGGAUAAAGCCACUGAAAAUUCGAACCAGGAAAUGGAACCCCACCACUGUUGGUCCAAUUUUCACACACGUGAGAAUCCCUGGCAAAGGGAGCAGAACUGAACCGGCUUUACCAAAUCGCCAGCGAACUUGACAAUGGUAUUGCGAUGGCGUGGGCUGCGUGACCUCACCUCCGGUCGUGUCUCUGGUCUCCGUGUUUUCCAGUUAAUUACAUCCUCAUGCAGCCAUGAUCAAGGGAAUGUAACUGCUGAAAACUAGCUCGUGAUUGGCAUAUAAUGGAGUUAACGGGUGAAUAAUAAAAGUAUAUAUAUAUAUUA